AGUUUGUACACGGGUAGCCGAACACCCAGUGUAAUGUCUUAUUUUUUAAAUUUUGGAGGGAUUAUGAAAGUGGUGUGGUCACACUGGUUGAAAACCGUGCAAGGAGGUUAUACAGAUAAUCGUCUCGGUCGUGUUGUCGUCUAUCAGAAUCCUCGGUGCCCGUUUUGUUUACUGGGAGCCGUUUGACUCCGCGGUCCGUUCGCCUGCGCCUCGAUUUGUACGGCGACUCAAUGGGAAAAAGCGAGGCGGACGCCUUCUAUAAAAAUGAGCCAGAUCGCGAAACGCACGGCAAUAUUGCUACUUCUCUGCUCCCUGGUCUCGGCCGAGGAAGACGUGGACAAGGUCUCGGAUAAGCGUGUGACCGUCAACGCGCCCGAUGACUUCGGCAUCCUGGUCGUUUCCACCCUGGACGGCUCGCUCAUCGCCGUCGACAAGACUAACGGCGAACACAUCUGGAAGUUCAAAAACGAUCCUGCAAUUAAAGUUUCUACUACUUCAAAGACAGAUAUACAGCCGGUCUUUUUGCCGGAUCCUAAAGAUGGGACUUUGUAUCUUUUGAACAAUGCUAAUCAGAGGUCUUUGAAGAAGCUUCCCUUCUCUAUCCAGCAACUUGUCACGUCCUCGCCCUGCAGGAGCAGUGAUGGCGUCUUUUACUCAGGGAGAAAAGUCGACACUUGGUUUUCUGUUGAUCUCCACUCGGGGAAAAAAUUGCCUCUCCUCGGUUUUGAGGAAUUUGAGAAGACGUGCCCGCUCCAGUCCCCGAGCAACACACUUUUUAUUGGGCGGACAGAAUAUAAUCUUCUUAUGUACGAUAGCAAAAAUAAUAAUAGAUACUGGAAUAUUACAUUCUCAAACUAUGCUUCAAGUUCAUUAUCAAACGAUCAACUGAAAAGCUAUGGUAGUAAGCAUUUUGCAAGUAUUUCCUCUGGUAGGUUGAAAACUGUCGACAGGAAAACCGGUGACCUAUUAUGGGAAAAAGAUUUCGGCUCUCCUAUCAUCGGACUGUAUGUGAGACGAGGGCAGGAUAUACUCACUAUUCCGUACCACUCGAUCGCUGAAUCGACACUAGAUUCUUCUCUGAACUACCUCCAAGACCAGCUAACAUCGACUCUGUACAUCGGGGAAGGCAGCCAUGGACUUUAUGCAUUGCCUUCACUUGCAGAUAGAAGCGUGCCUUUAAUCACCGACAUAUCAAAGCGACUUCUUAUCACAGGGCCUGAUUUACUUGAAGAAGAAAAUUCCAUCAUUCUAGGCCACUACCUCAUAUCAUCAGUGUCAAAAACGCAACUUUUAAUCACCGGAAGGUCAGAUUCGAUCAUCCAGCCAAAUGCUUCUCAUUUCAAUUUCACGAGGAAGACCAGCUACAAAAUGGAAAAAGAAGAGCUGAGCUGGAACUUCAGCCCUGAAAGCAAAAUAUUAGGGAUAAUAGUUGCGAUUCUUAUCAUAUUCGUGUUAGCCAUGUUUGUCUACAUAAUGGCGCAAGUGAGGGACAUAAAGCAGUCGUCACACGGCAGUUCGCAAGGCGUCAAUUCACAGGGUGCUGUGCUGAACCAGCAAAAGGGUAUUGUUGCCGUCGGGAAGAUUUCAUUCGACACACAGCAAAUACUGGGCAAAGGGUGCGAGGGUACUUUCGUCUUCAAAGGCACCUUCGACGGCAGGAGUGUUGCAGUCAAAAGACUCCUUCCUGAAUGUUUUACAGUCGCCGACAGGGAAGUGCAGCUCCUUAGGGAAUCGGAUGCCCAUCCUCAUGUUAUUAGAUAUUUUUCAAUGGAGGAAGACUCACAGUUCAGAUACAUAGCGUUAGAAUUGUGUUCUGCAACCUUACAGGAUUUUGUUGAAAAAGGAAUACAUAAAGACGACCUCGAUGUAGUUGAGGCUCUAAGACAAGCAAUUUCUGGACUGGAGCACCUCCAUUCCUUAAAUAUUGUACAUAGGGAUAUCAAACCUCACAACAUCCUCCUUGCAACUGUCCCAGGCACCUUGGCCAUUAAGGUCAUGAUAUCUGACUUUGGAUUGUGCAAAAAAUUGCAAAAUGGCAGAGUCUCUUUUAGUAAACGCUCUGGGAUCACAGGCACAGAAGGAUGGAUUGCUCCAGAAAUGAUUGAUUCAAAUGGACGAGUGAUGUGUGCAGUCGAUAUAUUUUCAAUGGGCUGCGUCUUUUAUUAUUCUUUAUUAAAUGGAAAACAUCCAUUUGGAGAGCCAAUUAGAAGGCAGAGCAAUAUCCUCAAUGGAGAGCACAAAAUAUCAUCUUUGGAAGAUGAACUUUGGAAGUCUCUCAUCGUCAAGAUGAUAAGCCACAACCCUUUUGAAAGGCCUAGCGCGAUGACUGUAAGAAAGCAUCCUGUCUUCUGGGAAAAAUCCACCAUUUUGUCCUUUCUGCAGGAUGUGAGUGACAGGGUAGAAAAGGAAGAUUCGGAGAGCAAGGCUCUUCUAAGUUUAGAAACCGGAGGAAUUGAAGUAUGCCAAGGAGACUGGAAAGAGCUUAUAGACUUUGAUGUGCUGCAAGACCUGGGAAAAUACAGAUCGUACAGAGGAGACAGCGUUAGGGAUUUAUUGAGAGCCUUCAGAAAUAAGAAACAUCAUUACCGGGAAUUAUCUGAAAAGGCGCAGGCAUUGUUGGGCACUACAGCAGAGAGCUACGUUAAUUAUUGGCUACAAAGAUUUCCACUUCUCCUCUAUCACAGCUGGUCAUCGAUGCAGUUCCUACGUACAGAACCAGGGCUGACGCACUACUACGACCCUUGUUUCUCCUUCCCUUGCAACAAGUCGCUCGAAGUGCCGCAGUGGUUCUACGAGCUUCCAUCGAAGCAUCAGGCGCAACAGAAAAAGGCGUCACCGCAAAAAGUCUUCAAGAGGCGGGUCAAGCCUGAAGCAAAGGUGAAAGAAAAAGACGAGGUUAGAACGCCGGAAAAGGAAGCCUGGCUUAAAGCAGGAAAGGAAAACGGCGCAUGGCGCCCUGGUAUAAACAGGCGGAAAGAGGUAAGUAAAAACUCAAUUGAAGCCGCUAUGUAAAACAAAUUUGAACAUAGUUCACUGCCUCUUAACUGUCUCCUUUAUAUAUUAUUAUUAUUAUUAUAUUAUUCACUUGAAACUAUUUUUAUUAUUAUUAUUAUUUUUAACAAAGACUGUGAUAUUAAAGACUUAAAUUUUAUUCCACAGAAGUGGGUAAAGAAAAAAUUUAGAGAAAACAGGCCUCCCAUGGUUUUGUUAGUUUCUUCAUUUGUACAUUUUAUUUGACUCAUGAUCAGAGAUUUUUUCUCCUUUAAUUCUACAUUUAUGUAUCUUAAAGAAAAUCAAUUAAUUAAAACAAGAAUUUUAAGCGACGGGUGCUUAGCAAUUGGUGAAAAAUAAGCACGGAUUUUAAUUGUACUACAAACUCAUAAUCAAUCAGCUUGACAUAUUUGGAAAUACUGUACCUGGUUAAUUAAUUAUUAUUAUUUAGAGCUGAUAAAAAUCCAGUUACCGUUAAUUUAGUCAUAAUGAUUUUGAAGAAAUUUUCAUCGUGUCUGUUCUAGUUUUGUAAUGUAGUGCGAUUAUGUAUAACUAUUUCUUGAAAUUAAAUAUUUUCCUCUUAUCAUAAAUACAGUUGAUAUUUAUAGUUAUUUUUUUAUUAUAUUUAUAAUUAAUUAUAUAGAAAAAUGAAUUCUGGUGAAGCAUUUUUCACUGACAUGCAGUACUUUGUACAAUCAGUAAUGAUGAUUGAUAUCUUGAAAACAUUUUUAACCUUGGUGUCACAAUUAAUAAUCAGAUUGUUGCAUUGCAUUGUGAUACACUUUGCUCUAAAACAUUUUUUUUCUUCUAAAUAUUACAAUGCAUGGAAAUUAAUUUUGGUUUAGAGCUUACAUUUUCUAGAUAUAAAAAAUAAAUAUAACCAAUUGAGCGAGAUAAUAUGAUUAAUGAUAUCUUACAUCAGUGUUUACAGACGCUAGAAGUUUAAUUAUAGCAUGUAUAAAUAAAUUAACUUUAAUUACAAUAGUAAAAAAGGGUAGUUUUUGCAAUAUUUUGAUGUAUGGGUGUGCGUGUUUGCACACGGCGAUGAUGAAAUGUAUAAAAUAUCUAAUAAAAAGUCAGCAACUGUAUUUCCACAAAUGUUUUUGGUACAAACUAAAGCCUGGAUUAUUAAGGCUUCCCAUUCCAAAAACAUAUGGUUGUUCGAUCAUGACAUUUAUGAUAAUGUCAAUGGAAAAAGACACUAACUAAACUGCAAAAAAAAAAUUCAAAUUGCACUAGUCCAUCCCCACCAAAAACAAAAACAAAAAAAACAGUAGGGCUAAAUCUAAAUAUGAUAUAUAAACUACAUUAGAACUAAUAUAUAAAUUAAACUUAUACUAUAUAUUCUAGUAUACAAUCUUCUUUCUCUCGACACUCAACAUUUUUUUUUGUUUUAUUGUUAGAUAUUUAAACAUAAAGAUUAAUUAUUGACUUAUGACAGGGUGAAUAUUAACCUGAAAAAUGUAUAUAUAUUUUUUAAAUCACUGUUUUGCAUAACUUGUCAAGUGCAUUCGCUUUUUGAUGUUUUAUUUACACCCUUUCCAAACUGAGUUAUGGUAUUCUAUGUUUUACGGUGCUUUUAUUUUACUGUUUUGCAUUUUGUCAUUUUUACUUUAAACUUGCUUUAUCUUCCAUUUACUUAUCUUAAGAACAUUAUUGUUAAAAAAAAUAAAUGGGUAAAAGAUAAGUUUGAUUUUUUUAAAUUAUAAUAAAAGUAAUUUCUAGUUAAGAGACAGUUGAACUUAUUUUUACAAGUGUGCAUCACUGGUGUUGGUGAAUUAGAGUGUUUUAAAUCAUUGCUUAAUUGCAAAUGAAAAUGUAUAAAGUUUAUUAACUAGUGUAGUAUCCUAUUUUCUUUAAUCUUAAGUCUUCAGUAUCGAUUUUGAAAAGAAAAAAAAGAAAAAUUGAAUUGAAAAUGUAUGAUUAUGAAGAAUAACCCUUAUUAUUGUUGACAAUAUUCUCCCACCUCUUUAGUAUUACCAUGAUAUUCCAAAAUUUGUUGAAACAGAUUUUUUGUUUGAGUUUUUUCCCCUGUGCUUUCCCUAGAGAGAAAAUAUCUGGCUGUGAUAAUUUAACUAAAUUGUUUCAUUUAGUUCAAACAGGGGGCGUGAAUGCGCAAAGCAUUCAUUAUUACGGGUGCUCUAAAACAGUUGGUACUCGAAUGUUUAAUCUUUAAGUACUGUUUUAAAAACCAGACACAAUUUGUAAUGAAAUACACCAAUUUUUCUCGGUAGCUUUGUACCGCCGCUACUAGGGUAGUUGAAUUAAGAAUUGUCGACAUUACAAAAUUUGGGAUUGUUCAAAAAUCACUUAGGAGAAAUUUGUACAGUCGAAACGAAUGUAACUUGUAAAUAAUUGUGAUGGACGCAUAUUUUUGUAUAUUGUUUGUAAAUCGACAGUUUUAAAUUAUAUGGAUUAAUAAAAUAUGUAUUUGAUGUA